UUUAGCACAAAAUAAAUAUAUCUUAGUAAUAAUCACGAAUUAUUUUAAAAUAUAAACCUUUUUCGAGUGCUAAAGAUCGAUUUUUUAUUUCCCCUCACCUCACUUCGUACCCCAGCUGGCCUGAAACCUAAUCUCGCUUGCAGUGCUGAUAGAACUGGAAUCGGUUGAAGUUAUUCAGAAAGAAAUCGGAAUCAUCGGAGAAAGGGAGGGUGAAAAUGGUGGCAGAUUUGAGAGGGAAGCCAGCCUUAUUAGGCUAUCGCAUGCCGGCAGAGUGGGAGCCACAUGAGCAAUGCUGGAUGGGUUGGCCUGAAAGGCCAGAUAAUUGGAGGGAAGAUGCUUAUUAUGGUCAACGAUUGUAUGCUAAUAUUGCAAGUGCUAUUUCAGAGUUUGAGCCUGUUACACUCUGUGUCAGUGCUUCUCAGUACACCAAUGCUGUUAAUUUGCAUAAAGACAAACAUAAUGUUCGAAUAGUAGAAAUGAGCAUGAAUGAUGCCUGGUUUCGAGAUACUGGCCCAACUUUUGUUAUUUUUGACAGUAAGCUGCACUCAGAGCUCCCAAAAUAUCAAGUUGCUGGCAUAGAUUGGAACUUCAAUUGCUGGGGUGGAACUGAUGGUUGUUAUAGUGACUGGAGUCUUGAUAUUCUUGUUGCACGAAAGAUCCUUUCCUUGGAGAGGCUUCCCAGAUUUUCACAUCAGAUGAUUCUUGAAGGUGGAAGCAUUCAUGUGGAUGGAGAAGGUACUUGCAUUACAACUGAGGAAUGCUUGCUUAAUCCUAAUCGGAACCCUGAAAUGAGAAAGGAAGAUAUAGAGAACGAACUCAAGAUGUACCUUGGUGUCAAGAAGAUCAUUUGGUUGCCUAACGGGCUCUAUGGUGAUGAUGAUACCAAUGGCCACAUUGACAACAUGUGUUGCUUUGUUAAGCCUGGCCUGGUGCUUUUAGCAUGGACAGAUGAUGAAAAGGAUCCUCAGUAUGAGCGGUCAGUUGAGGCCCUCUCAAUUCUUUCAAACACUAAAGAUGCCAAUAAUAGGAAAAUUGAUGUAAUUAAGCUACAUGUGCCUGGCCCGCUUUAUAUGACAGAAGAAGAAGCAAAUGGCAUUCGAAAUUUGGAGGAAAACGCCAAGCCAAGACUAGCAGGAACAAGGCUCGCUGCUUCUUAUAUCAACUUCUACAUUGCAAAUGGAGGAAUAAUUGCGCCAGCAUUUGAUGAUGAGAAGUGGGAUAAAGAAGCUUUUCAUGUGCUUUCAUCAGCAUUUCCAGAUCAUAAGGUAGUAAUGAUCCAAGGUGCAAGGGAGAUCUGUCUUGGGGGAGGGAACAUACAUUGUAUCACUCAACAACAGCCAGCAAUUCCACAAAGGAACAUUCAUUAUUGUACAAUUCUGACGAUCGGUGAUACCGUAUAAGCUAAUGGCAGCAAUUAUCAUCAAUGGAAAACAAGGCCAGUAGCACUAUAGUAACACUAUGGAUCAGAGUCGGGACCAGCAGGCUUAUAUGUACACUAUAAAUACAAGAGAGAGAUU